AUGAGGCGCAACUUGAGAGCUGGCGUCCUUUCUCUGCACCGCUGCAGCGUGUUCGGCCAUUCUCGUUUGGGGCUGUCUUCCGGUUUCUCCAACGUAGGUGCGUUGUCCGCAACUGCACCAGAUCCGAUAAACGACUCCAGACGUUUCCAGCCGUGGAAGCGGGUUUUUCGGUUGCAUCACCAGACGCCUGAUGGUUGCCUCCGGUCUGUGUGCAACUCCAACCCCAAGUGGUGCCAGGAGGCGGCCAACAGCUUCCGAAACGUUCUUGACGUACGGAAGCGCCCGCCAAGAUUUGGUGUCCGUGCGGUUAGGCCUUUCGUCCCUUUUGUGUAUGCACCGGUUGACAAAGUUGCGUGUGUCCCCCUCCAAGAUUGCCACGCAAAACUGCGCAAGUACCGUCAAAGGAUUGACCAAGAAAAGACCAGAUGCUGUGAGUUCAUAGGCGAGAUCGGUACAAAUCUGCUCCUGCAGAGGAUAGCUGAACAAGCCCGCGAACAGAUAAUGAUACGCGACGCAGUACUGGUGAACAAAUUCCGAAAGCUGCCCAAUGCAAUGUCGCCCAGAAACGACAAACUGGUGCACAACCUGUCGUCAAAGGAGCUGACGAAGGAUCAGAUGCAGGUUUUACGGCACGAAGCUUCAUUUAACACGGCUGACGUCAAACCUGUUAACAUGAUUGCAGCAGUGGAAUCAAUUCUUUGUCAGACGGAGGCAACGGAGGAGACUAAGAGCCUCAUCCGACACCAAGUGUCGUCUCUCCUGAUAACCCACAGGCCGCGGGAAGUGCUUUCCAAGGUCGAACGUGAUGCGCUUAGAGAACUCAAGGCCGACAAAGACCUGGUCAUCGUGCCAGCGGACAAGGGGCGCUCCACAGUUGUACUGGACAGGAAAGACUACCUUCAAAAAGCCAAAGGUUUACUGAAGGAUCGACAGUUCUAUGUCCCAUGUGCAACGAACCCUUUAAAGGCGCUGACACGCGAAAUUAAUGCUACGUUGUUGGCCAUGGAGAACUCAAGUGCAAUAACACCGACCGACAGGCGCAUGGGGAGACCCCAAAAUACGGCUUUGGCCCGAAUCUCUGGCCUUCCUAAGGUGCACAAAGACGGCGCUCCUCUCCGACCCAUCGUGUCGCUCAAAGGGACUCCAACGUACGGACUGGUUAAGUGGCUGAUCAGGCGUCUCAAGUUCCUGACCGCUGAGUCAGACACCACGGUCUCUUUGUCAGCACAAUCCUUGGAGAAACUCAAAGAGGUAAGCCUCCAUCAAAAUGAGGUCAUGGUAUCUUUUGAUGUUACAUCCCCUUUUACUUCUAUUCCCCAGGACCUGGCGAUCGAGACAAUCGAGCUGCUACUACAAAGCAAAUAUGAUGAAUGGGAGAAUCAUCUUGGAUGCGCUCAAAUCCUUCAACUCCUGAUGCUCUGUCUCAGGACGUACUUCACGUUCGACGGGAAAAUCUACAAACAGGUGAAGGGCACACUAAUGCGUUCGCCGAUUUCGGGAUUCAUCGCCGAGGCGGUCCUGCAACGGUUAGAGUCGCUGGUCUUUCAACACCACAGACCGUAG